UGACGCAGACCGGAAGUGUCAAACAUCACUUUUCUUCCUGGAGCUGCAGAAAUUUCAUCAAAACGUCAAAUUUUCGCCCGUUUUUUGCCCAAAUCCGCGGAUAAAAGCGUCGCCAUGUCCGAGGAGAACAUUUUCCUGUUCGUGCCAAACCUCAUCGGUUACGCUCGUGUGGCGUUGGCGUUCUUGUCGUUCUUCUUGAUGCCGUAUUGUCCGUGGCCGGCGGUUUUCUGUUACCUCCUGAGCGCCCUGCUGGACGCCUUCGACGGACACGCCGCCCGAGCCCUCGGCCAGUCGACGAAGUUUGGUGCGAUGAUGGACAUGCUGACAGAUCGAUGCGCCACAAUGUGUCUCCUGGUCAAUCUGUCCCUGAUCUACCCACACUACACCUUCCUCUUCCAGGUGAACAUGUGUCUGGACAUCAGCAGCCACUGGCUCCACCUGCACAGCUCCACAAUAAAAGGCUCAUCGAGUCACAAAACCAUCGACCUGUCGGGAAACCCCAUCCUCCGCAUCUACUACACCUCCAAGCCGGUUUUGUUCGUCAUGUGCGCCGGAAACGAACUUUUCUUCUGCCUCCUCUACAUCCUGCACCACGUCCAGGAGCCUGCAGGUUGGCUGUACGUUCUCCUCUUCGUCUGCGCUCUCAUUUCUUUGGCCAAGUCGAUGAUCUCCGUGGUUCACCUGGUCACGGCGUCGCAGAACAUGGCCGCCAUCGACGCCGCCGAGCGACAGGGCACCAAGAAGCAGUGACGUGACCGUGACGACCACCACGACUACGACCCGAUCCACGCGCCGCCGGGGGAAUCGCCACGACAACGACUCGAAUUCUGCCGAUGAAAAAAUUAACAACGAACAGGAAGAAGAAGAAGAAGAAGAAGAAGAAGCUCGGUGCCGAGGAGACGGAGCGAGAAAACGGACGAGGACGAACACACGGACACAGGAGCAGACAGGAGCAGACAGGAGCAGACAGGAGCAGACAGGAGCAGACAGGAGCAGGCAGGAGCAGACAGGAGCAGAGACACCUUUACAAGAGCUGACUAAAAUACUAAACUGGGACUAAACUAGAACUCAACCAGGAUUUAAAUGAGAUGCUUAAACCAGGUCUAAACCAGGUCUAAACCAGGACUAAACCAGGACUAAACCAGGACUAAACCAGGUCUAAACCAGGACUAAACCAGGUCUAAACCAGGUCUAAACCAGGUCUAAACCAGGACUAAACCAGGACUAAACCAGGACUAAACCAGGUCUAAACCAGGACUAAACCAGGUCUAAACCAGGUCUAAACCAGGUCUAAACCAGGACUAAACCAGGUCUAAACCAGGUCUAAACCAGGACUAAACCAGGACUAAACCAGGACUAAACCAGGUCUAAACCAGGUCUAAACCAGGUCUAAACCAGAUCUAAACCAGGACUAAACCAGGACUAAACCAGGUCUAAAGGUAUUUGUUUUAUGGAGUCUGUAACAGAAGCUUUUGUUCUGUAUUUUUGCUCCUGUCGGCUCCUGUCGGCUCCUGUCGCCGUAGAAACCCCAGAGUCUCCCUGAACUCAGUCGUGUCCCUUUUUAAAGCUGCGCUGUGUAACUUUUCCCCACCUGCUCGUCUCCGUGGAGAUGUUCCACAGCGCGGCAUUAAACUCGCCGCAGGAGCGACGAGCUUAAUGCCGCGCUCUGGGACAUUUACGGUGUUAUGAUGCAGUCGCCACAGAGACGGGCUGAUGCCGAAGCGACGGAGUGCAGCUUUAACUUUAGCUCCGCCUCCAGAGCGAAAAGAACCAAUCACGACCAAACUCACGACAUUCACGAACACGAGAGCAGCUCCCAGAGAAACCGGACCCAACGCUCCAACGAUCCACGAUCCAACGAUCCAAUCGAUCCACGAUCCAC